AUGCCGUUCCCGAAGCGCUGCGUGCUGCCGCGGGACGUGCGCAGAGCAGAGGCGCGCAGUUGUGAGCGUCUGGGCGACGUGUGCGCGCUGUCGCUGGUGUCUGUGCUGCGGCAGCUCGCCGACGUGUCGCGUCAUGGCGCCGACAUCGUGCAGGAGCUGGAGGCGGAGCUCACGCAGGUGGUGCGGCGCUCUGCUGCGCUGCUCACACGGACGCAACGGGUGCGAAGCCACGUGAUGCGACUGGAGGCCGGGACGCUCUCAGCCACUCACCCCCUGGACUCCGCCCCCCUCCAUCACUCGGCCGACUCUCUCCAAGGCAACGGAGGAGGCGGUGUCCACGGCAACGGCGGCCGUGGCGCGCACUUCCGGUCUCCAUGGCAACAGAGCGUGAACGUCUUCGGGUCGUGGAGCAGACCGGAGUGUGUGGAGGAGCUCCACCAGGAGGCGCAGAGCAACCUGCAGAGGAUCCUCCAGGCUCGCACGUGUGGAGAUGCAGCCGGGAUCUCAGACUUUGAGGAGCAGUUGUGUGACUCCAAACCCGGCCAGACCUUCCGCCUCCCCUUGUCUUCUUCAGAGGACACGUCCCUGACCCGUUCUCCAGCGCCUCCCGAGUCUCCAGGAUCCAAACGCUCAGACUUCAUCUUCCUGCCGGCGUCCAAGCAGCUGUACGACGAUGAAACCUCCUCCUCUGUGUUCGGCCUUCGCUCCGUCGUGAACGCCUCGCCCUCACCGCUGUCCCCCUGGAGCGGCUCCCAGGGGCCCCCACCCGCAGAGAGGCCGCGCUGGAGCCACGGGCGGCGGCCGCAGAGCUCAGGAGAGACCGGAGGACGGCGGUUCCACGGCGUCGACCUGCUCCAACACUCCACCUGCCCCUCCCCCUCUGAGCCCCGCCCCUCCCCCACCCACCCCCACUCGCUGGAGCCCGUCACGCAGACGCACCACCAGGGGGAGCCGCUGAGGAAGAGCCAUUCCGACCUGGAGACGUCUCUGAGCACAGACGCCUCAAACCAGCGGCUCUCGGACUCCUCGCCCGUCACCAUGGACCACGCCGCUCUCCUCUGCGCCUGGAACGGCCCCAAAGGCUCCACGUUCUCCCCCAGCGCCUGGACCGAGCCGUACGCGCACCCCUCAGCCGCUAAGCCCCCCGUGGUGGCUCCCAGGGGCCCUGCGGUGCCCCCCAAGCAGCACACGGUCAUCGACGGCUGCGUGCGUGCGCUGGCACACGAGCCCGGAGCUAACGCCGCACCGCGCGCCCGAUCCGCACGCUCCAUUGCCGCCGCCAACGCGUUCAAGUUCCGGGAGCGCUCCCUGUCCACGCCCACGGACUCGGACUCGUUUGGGUUCGACACGCGCACUCCGGCGAACGGCGUGAGCGAGCAGCGGCACGACGCGUUCCAGUGCGAGAACUACGCGCUGCUGUAUCCGCCCAGCGGCAGCUCGGAGGACAGUGGCAGCACGGCGGACACCGUGUCGGACUACAGCAGCGAGGCGCGCCUGCAGAGGCUUCGCUCGCGGUCCAUUUCUCUGCGUAAGUCCAAACGCAAACCUCCACCGCCGGUGAGGAGCGUGUCGCUGAUGAAGAACCUCGGCGACGCAGACGAGCGCUCGCAUCACGGACACAGGGGUCUGUACCGGGACGGUCGGCCCAAAAGCCUCCACAUUCCUCGGGACGCAGACUUCAGCCCAGACUUCCUGACGCAGAGCUCCAGCUACAAGAACAGGCGAGGAGACGGAGAAGACCGAAGACCAGAGCGACCGCCAAGUCUGGAGAUACAUGCGCCGGACCAGGAGGGGGCGCCAGAGUACAGGCACUGGCAGAUCAGGGACUGGAGGAGCCACAACGACCCCUACAGGUCUCUCUCUGGGUCGAGCUCAGCGACUGUUGCCACGGUGAUCGAGUGUCCAAAGCCCAUCUCCGACUCGCCCUCCACCUCCCGAGCCGCUUCCCCCGCGAUGGUGUCCGCCGAGGUCGAGCACAGCGCCAUCUACAGGCCGCACGGAGUCAUGUCGCCCUCCAGCGGAUAUUCCAGCCAAUCGGAGGCCCCCACGCCCACGGCUCCGCACCCCAGCGGCGGGGCCAGGCUCAGACCCAAGAUCCCAGAGAGGAAGUCAUCGCUGCCGUCACCCAAGGACCCACGCUCACGGCUGUCCUUCGAGAUGCCGGGGAACGCACACACAGAGCUGUCCGCACUGAAGCCGAGGGAGAGGGUCAACCGCCGCCACUCGCACUCAGACACCAGUGAGAAGCCCGGGGGGAAGCUGAGCCCGAGUUCGUCUCUGGUGAACGAGCUGAGCAGUGUGCGUCUGCGGUCAGUGUCCCGCGGAGAGGACUGUCCCGACGGAGCAUCGGACACCAUCGACGAGGAGCAGGGAGCCGACCAGCCCUCACAUGGUCACAGCCCUCCGCCCACGCUUCCCAAACCGCGGGUCGCACCAAAGCCGCCACUGCCCAAACGCCCCGUGUGUCUGCAGCUGAAGAACUCGCCCUCCGCAGACCUGACUCUGCCCAUCUCCUCGCCCUCCACAGACCUGACCCUGGACCCGCCCCCAAGCCCCACCCCUCUCCACGAGUCCCCGCCCACCUCGCCCCUGCACCGACCCGUCCCGCUCGGGAACAUCUACAAGGUCAUGAGGAAGCCCAAAGUGAAGAAGACCACAGCGCAGGCCACCCCCGAAGACGUGUGUGUGCUCUACGACCUGCCGCCACUGCCCGAGGGGGAGGGGCUACGGGACCACAGCACGACACUGCCCCCACCCCGAGGAAACGUGUGCGGAGCGGAGGACCGGAAGAAGCCCAAGGUCCCGCCUCCCGUCCCCAAGAAACCCAGAUGUGUCAUUCCCACAUUCACCAACGGAGGCAGUAGCGAACGCACAGACAGUUCCACGAGUGCUGUGCCUGAGGAUAGACCCACCACGCCGCAAGCCCCACCUUCAGCAGAGCACCACCCAUGGGAGAGCCAAGAGGAAGAGGAGGAGCGGGAGGCCCCCCACAACAUGGCCGCCACUGACGUCACAGCAGAUGAGAGUGCGUCGGCUGAGGUCACAGAGCUGCGCAUCACAGAAGGAGCAGAGGACGUUUUGAAUGUCUCUCCUCACACCACAGAAGACCUGUUCACCAUCAUCCACAGGUCGAAGCGGCGGGUCCUGGGCCGUAAGGAGCCGGGGGAAUCCUUCUACAGCCGCCAGACCCUCUCGUCUCCGGUGAAAGGCUCGUCGUCGUGUGGCCUGAGCUCCACGCAGCGUUCCACCAGCUCCAGGAACGAGAACUUCAUGGCCCUGCUGCAGAAGAAAGGUUCCAAGCCCACGGCCGCACGAGUGUCAGCCGCGGAGCUACUGCGGAGCACGAACCCUCUUGCCAAACGCGCCGAGUUCAGCAGCGAAGAGGGAAAUGCUACCGGCAACUGCAGCCAGUGA